AUGAUUUUGCCUAUCAAAUAUGAUGAUUAUAGAGAAUAUGAUGUGAAUCGUUAAUUGCAUGAUCAAGCAAGGGAUUUCAGAUUGGUGUAAUAGGAGCUUCUUAAGUAGUAACUCUAGGACCAAUAGUUGGAAAUGGAGAGGAGAAAGAGAUCUCUAACAACACAAAAAUAAAGGGAGGAACUCUUAUACUUGGAAAAUUUGAGGAAAGAAAAAGAAAUGCAAUAUCUCAUGGAAGGACAAAACAAGUAGUUUAUCAGGAAGGAUUUAUCAAAAUGGUAUGAAAAUUCACUAACUAAUUAAAGAAUCAAUCAAGAAUAACUAAGAUAAGAAAGAUAAUAGAUUGAAUAACAAAUCAUUGACACUGCAAAGCAAGGGCAAACAAUGGCUGAGUCCUUUGAAAAAUAAAAGAAAGAUUAUUAUCGAAAAGUGCAGGAUCAAUAAUACGGUCAGGUGUAGAUUAAAAAGAUGAAUGAAAUGAAUUAUAAAAAGUUUGACUAGGCGGUUUACUAGGAAUAAGUUCAUCAAGAGAAUACAAAAAUAUAAAGGAAGUUAGACAAUUACAAAUAAUACUAUCAGAAUGUCCAAAACAGACAGCAAUAAUUAUAGGCAAUGUAUUUGGAAAAUUACAGAGAUCCGAAGCAAGGGUUAGAUGACAUCAUCUCUAAAAAUGUUUUGGAAAAGUAAUAGCAAGAUGAGAAGCUAUACAGAUAUUAGAAGGAAUUGGAAGAUGUAUCUAAGGAAAAGUACAGUUCGAUACUUUCGAUUCAGUUGCAAGAACAAUAACAGAAGAGAAGACAGAACAGAAAUGAGGUGAAAUUGAAUGGCUAUCAACAGGCUAAUUCAGUCUAUUGGUAGAACACUGAGAGACAAACCAAUAUCUCAACACCUGUUCGGAGUGUGGUUUCGGAGUAAAACCAAUUAUAUAAUCCACUUACUAAUCCGAAUCCAAAUCAGACCCAGAAUCCUUAUAUACUUAAAUAAUUGGGAAUGAAUCUGAAUGAUUUGCCUACUCCAGCCUAUACUAAGUCGAAGUUAGCUUCAAUGGGAAAGUUUUGCAUGAAUUGA